CUGAGGCCGGCCGGGAUCGAGACACCCAAGGAGAGAUCGGACGGAGAGUCACCUCCAAGCCAGCCGGCGAGGCGGGUCCCCCGGGAGGAACAGGAUGCAGCCCCACCUGGCGCUGAUGUGCUUUGUAUUCGGGGGGGUUCUGCCGGCGUCGGCUCGCCCGGAGCCCAGGAGGCGGCAGCAGACGGACCUAGGGCGGUGUGAGCUGCCCCGAACGCAAGGACAUCUGAAUUCUUUCCUCUGGACAAUCCGGAAGGAUCCUCCUGCCUAUCUUUUUGGCACCAUUCAUGUGCCUUACACACGUGUAUGGGACUUCAUCCCUGAGAAUUCCAAGGCUGCUUUCCAGGCUAGCACCAAUGUAUAUUUUGAACUGGACCUCACUGAUCCCUACACAAUCUCAGGCCUGGCCAGUUGUCAGCUGCUACCCCAUGGGGAGAAUUUACAAGAUGUGCUUCCCCAGGAUAUUUACCACCGCCUUAAGCGCCACCUUGAGUAUGUAAAGUUGAUGUUGCCUCAUUGGAUGACCCCUGACCAACGGGGCAAAGGUCUCUAUGCUGAUUACCUCUUCAAUGCCAUUGCUGGAAACUGGGAACGUAAAAGACCCGUCUGGGUGAUGCUGAUGGUCAACUCCCUGACAGAGACGGACAUUCGUUCCCGGGGAGUACCCGUACUGGACCUCUAUUUGGCCCAGGAGGCUGAGAGACUAAAGAAAAGGACAGGAGCUGUGGAGAGGGUAGAAGAGCAAUGUCAUCCAUUAAAUGGGCUGAACUUCUCCCAGGUGCUGUUUGCUUUGAACCAAACAUUACUACAGCAUGAGAGUCUCCGAGCGGGCAGCUUGCAGGCACCUUACACCACUGAAGAUCUUAUCAAGCACUACAACUGUGGAGACCUCAAUACUGUCAUAUUCAAUCAUGAUACUUCACAGCUCCCUAACUUUAUCAACACAACCCUUCCUCCACAUGAGCAGGUCACAGCACAAGAGAUUGACAGCUACUUCCGACAGGAACUCAUCUACAAGAGGAAUGAGAGAAUGGGGAAAAGAGUUAUGGCCCUUUUAAGAGAGAAUGCUGACAAGAGUUUCUUCUUUGCCUUUGGAGCAGGUCAUUUCCUGGGCAACAACACUGUUAUUGAUGUGCUGAGGCAAGCUGGAUUUGAAGUUGAACACAUACCUGCAGGACAGCCAAUUGAAAACUCCAAGACAAAUAUCAGCCCAUCUCCCAGGGGCUCCUCAAGAACAGCUGCACCUGCCACCAAUUUUUAUGACCAUGUGCCACCAUCAAUGCCUCCUCAAGACAGUGAAGAAGACAGCCUCCCUCCACACCUUUUACUUCCUGACAGCAUCAGUCAGCUGGAAGAGUUUGGGCGGCAGAAAAAGUGGCAUAAGAAGCACCAUAAAAACCACCGCCAAAGACAAUUCAAUGACCUCUGGGUUCGAUUAGAGGAUGGCACAACAACAAUGCCGUCUCAUAUCAGGAUUACAAAUGGUUACAUCUCAAUCAACCCAUCCAUCUGGUUUUCAAACCAGCUGGACCAGCAGCCAAACCCAGACCUCACGUUCCACCAUCAUCUCAAAAGUUCUGCCCUAGCCAUCAUCUUAGCAUCACCUUUAACUGCUUCUGUCUAUGUGGCAUUGGCUUUUUUUCUCUUGAAUCUACUUUCAUGA